GUGCAGCUCUGUCCUCAGUUCUCAGCUCCCCGUCCUCUAGUCUGAGAGAUCUGGACCUGAGUAACAACAACCUGCAGGAUUCAGGAGUGAAGCAGCUUUCUGCUGGACUGGAGAGUCCACACUGUGGACUGGAAACUCUCAGUCUGUCAGGAUGUCUGAUCACAAAGGAAGGCUGUGCUUCUCUGGCCUCAGCUCUGAGCUCCAACCCCUCCCAUCUGAGAGAGCUGGACCUGAGCUACAAUCAUCCAGGAGACUCAGGAGAGAAGCUUCUGUCUGCUGGACUGAAGGAUCCACACUGGAGACUGGACACUCUCAGGAUGGACCAUGGUGGACCGCAGAGACUGAAACCUGACGUGAGGAAGUAUGCCUGUGAACUGGAACUGGAUCCAAACACAAUGAACAGAAAACUCAAACUGUCUGAUAACAACAGGAAGGUGACACGUGUGGAGGAGGAUCAGUCAUAUCCUGAUCAUCCAGACAGAUUUGACUCCUAUCCUCAGCUGCUGUGUAGAAAUGUUCUGACUGGUCGCUGUUACUGGGAGGUCGAGUGGAGAGGAUAUGUUUCUAUAUCAGUGAGUUACAGAAGAAUCAGCAGGAAAGGAGACAGUGAUGACUGUAGGUUUGGAAGGAACGAUCAGUCCUGGAGUCUGUACUGCUCUGAUGUUGGUUUCCAUGUUAGUUACUCUGUUUGGCACAAUAACAGAGAAACAUCCAUCUCCUCCUCCUCCUCCUCCUCUAACAGUGUAGCAGUGUAUGUGGACUGUCCUGCUGGCACUCUGUCCUUCUACAGAGUCUCCUCUGACACACUGAUCCACCUCCACACCUUCAACACCACAUUCACUGAACCUCUGUGUGCUGGGUUUAGGUUUGGGUCUGGGUAUUGGCCAAUGUUACUGUCUGGUCCUGCUUCCUCAGUCUCUCUGUGUCCUCUGUAG